UUCCUAAGGAAAAGGAACUCUCAGCUGCCCAGCCCAGCUCCAGGCGCCCCUUCCCCCAUGGCUCAGGACAGCCCCAACCCUCUGCCUUAGAUAUUGCGGUGUCGAGAGGCCCUUUGAGCUCCCAGCCCCCUCCCUCUUCUCGAGGUCCGGGAGAGCAGCUCGUCCCCCUACUCCUGCCCCGAAGGAGAGGGGGCGACUAGAACCUGGGGAGCGGAGGCUGGGAGACUCCGGAGAGUCGUGGGCGCCACGCGGCCGAGCCAAGGAAAUGGAUCCCCGGUCCUGGGGUUCCGAGGGGAGCUGUCCAACCCCGCAGGGCGAGCUGGAAGAGAAGGUGGGCCAGCACCGUGGAGGCGGAGGGAGCGGCGGACUCCAGGCGGGGGGUGCGGCAGCAACUCCCUCUCCAGCCCGCCGGCCCCAGGCGUCGCCCCCGCCCCCCACGUGGCCGCAGCCGUCCCAGCCCCUCCGAGGAAGCGGCGCGGCUUCCUGCGGCUCGGGCGGGGGAUAUAGGCGCCCCCGCCCGGGCCGGCUCAGCGCCGCCGCCCUUCGUCGCCUCCUCGCCGGCUGCGUGAUGGCCUCGCUCCGGGCGGAGCGAGCCGCCGGCUGCCUGCGGCUCCGAACGACCUGUGCCUGUGCCGCGCGGCCGGCAGCGCUCCGCCUCCUCCUCCUGCUGGGCGCUGUCCUGAAGCCCCAGGAAUCCCUGGCUCAGCCUCUUUCCACCCCGAGCAGCUUGGAGUUAAAAGGGAAGACUGCGGAGGAGAAAUAUAAGACAAUUGUCCAACACUGCUGGGACUAUUAUAAGUUUCAUAUGGACUCUAUGGAAAAGGAUUGGUGCGACUGGACCAUGAUUAGCAGGCCUUAUAGCGACCUGCAACAUUGCUUGGAGCGCAGUGCGGAACAUUUUGACCUGGGCUUCCCCAAUACCUGGGCAGAGAGGAUCAUCUUUAAGACUCAUCAGAUCCACUUUGCCAACUGCUCCCUGGUGCAGCCCACCUUCUCCGAUCCCCCAGAGGAUGUGCUCCUGGCCAUGAUCAUAGCCCCCAUCUGCCUCAUCCCCUUCCUCGUCACUCUCGUGGUAUGGAGGAGUAAAGACAACGAUGCCCAAGCCUAGGGUGGCAAGAGGCCAUUUUACUCCUCUUCCCACCCCCUCCCCCCAGGUCUCUCUCCUCCCCUCCCUACCCCCUUUUCGCACUCCCACCCCCACCACAGAUCCUUGGAUUGGAGGAAAUGGAAGCCGGGUGGGGUCAUAGCACAAGUGCUGUAAUCUUACAAAUAAAAGGGUUUUUUUACAAUG